AUGGGACAAAAAUCAUCAGCAAGUAAUGAAUCAUCGCUCGCAUCCUACACUCCGAGUUGUUUUCCAGAUGAAGUUUGUCUGUUGAUCAUGUCCUUUCUUCAUUUUGAUACCAUUAAAAAGUGUUUUUUGGUUUGUAAACAAUGGAGUUGGCUUGCCAGAAAGAUUCCUGUGUCCGUGGAUAUGAGAGUAUUGAGUCACUUUUCUGCUAAUAAUUUGGAAAAUCGGUUGAAAUUAAUGUCCAAAUGUAAACACGUAAAUAUUACCUCGUUGGAUUUGACACAAAUCAUGCAAAAAACAAGGGCGGUUGAGAAAAUUGUACAGAGCGAAUAUGCAUCAUGUUUAAAAGAAUUAAUUUUGAAUCAUAAUUAUGAGAUGAGAGAUGGUGCUUUUACAGCGAUAGCAACAUGUACGAAAUUGCAGAAUUUAGAAAUUUUAAGUGCCAACAGUUGUAACAUCACAAACGUUGGAGUCGAAAAAUUGGCUCAAAGCCCGAUCAUGUCAAAAUUGAGAGAAUUACGCCUGUCGGGAAAUGAUAUCAGUGAAUGUGGAGUUCAGGCUCUGUCAACGAGCUCAUUUAUGAGCAAUUUACAAGUGCUUGAUCUUGAUUAUUCAAGAAUUGGGCCUCAAGGAAUGCAACACCUCGCGAAAGGAAAUGCCAAACUCACAGAGCUACGUUUAUUACUUAGCGAUAUUCGAAACGAUGGUGCAAUUUCCCUUGCAGAGAGUCCUCAAAUGUGUAAUUUAACAAUUCUGAAUUUGGAAUCCAAUUCAAUUGAACAGUCAGGAGUGAUGGCAUUGGUUGGAAGUGAUCAUUUAACAAACUUGACAAGUUUAAAUCUUUCAGGAAAUCAUGUUGGAAAGUCAAAUGCCUUGUUACUUGUAUCAAAAAUGCAGAAUUUAACGUAUUUAAGUUUGGGAGAUACAAAAAUUGAAGAUGAAGGAGCCAUUUCCAUUGUCACAAGUCCAAACAUGAGUCAUUUGACUUUUCUGUCCAUGAGAAAUAAUUCUCUCGGAUCAGAAUUUGCUUCAAAAUUGGCCUCGAACCCAUAUUUAUCAAAAUUGAAAGAAUUGAAUUUAUAUUGUAACAAGUUAGGUGAUCAUGGUGCAAUGAGCAUUGUCAAAUGUGAAAAUAUGAAAAAUCUCACCUCGUUAGAUCUCGGUCUCAAUAAGAUUGCUGACGACGGAGCUUUUUCUAUUGCCUCAAGUCCAUACCUAUCCAAUCUCACUAACCUGGAAAUGUCCUAUAAUGAUUUUACAGAUCGAGGAGAAGAUUCAUUGAAGCAUAGCAAAUACUUGUUCAAAACCAAUAUUCGAAUGUUUGGUUGCAAAAAUCUCUCUUCCUACACUCCUCCCGUUCAUAAAUAA